GUUGUACCUUGUUUUAUGUUUUUUCCAAGUAUUAUUGCGUAUGUCGUCACUUCCGCGUUGUGCCUCGCGUCGCAGGAAGCUGAGAUGAGGGUAUCUGUAAUUGAGGUCAUUAGCAGCGUGCUUUUCUCUGCGAUCACUUGUACGGAUGUAAACUGAACGUUUCUUACGAUUUUAUAUACAACUCAGAACUCAAUAUGGCUAACGUAUUUCAUGUAUAAAAUUUGGUGGAUUGAGUACAUUUAAAUAUAUUCAGCAAAUAUUCUAGUUUACUGUGCAGCUGAUAAGUUUGUCAGACUUGGCAUUGGCAGCGUAUACCUGUAACGAUAUUGAUUGUAAUCUGAAUUGUUUAGGGAUCCCUUACUUGUUCACAAUGCUAAGAAAUCUGGUUAGAUUUCAACGUCAAGUAGGCUUUGCGUUUUCUAAGUGUAGGAAUCGUGACACAUGGCUUCCCAAUGUUAAUCACUCGCAAGAAUACUCCGCUGCAGCUUUGGAGAGGAAGAAAUUCUACCAAGAUGUCAGUAUUUCACAGGGAGAAGAUGGCUUGUACGAAAUUAAUCUGGACCGCAGAAAACUGAAGACUCCUGCGGGCAAGCUGUUCACUGUACCCAAUGAAGCUUUAGCCAUCGCUGUGGCAACAGAGUGGGACAUGCAGAAGGACACACUGAAGUUCUACACCAUGCAUCUGACCACUUUGUGCAAUACGGUCCUGGAUAACCCCACCCAACGGGACAAGGGACAGAUCAUCGCAGCUGCCCUUAAGUUUCUGGAGACGGACACCAUUUGCUACAGGGUAGAAGAACCUCCAGGACUGGUAGAACUUCAGAAGAAUGAGUGGGACCCGGUGUUGGAUUGGAUUGAGAAGAGGUAUAAUGUAUUAAUUGGCUCAUCUUCCAACAUAAUGGGGCCACAAAUACCAAAGGAGACCAAAGACAUCUUCCAUCAGCAUUUAAGCUCCUACAACUUUUGGGGCUUAACGGGGCUGGAGUUUAUCAUCACACAACUGAAGUCAUUGGUGUUGUCCUUUGGGCUGGUUGACAGACACCUGACAGUGGAACAGGCUGUCUUGCUGUCCCGUCUGGAGGAGGAAUACCAGAUCCAGCGUUGGGGGAACGUGGAGUGGGCCCAUGACUACGACAUGUACGAGCUGCGGUCGCGCACCGCCGCUGGUGCGCUGUUUGUGCACCUGUCCUCAGAAAGCUGCACCGUCAAGCACAAACUGCUGCAGGACUGACGCACUUUGCCGCCUUGUGCGCUCAAGGCCCUGGCUGUGAAUAUAAAAGCAGUUGCACUCAAAACAUCUCAGCCUCUGAAUGAAACCUUAUUUUGGAGACCUGGCUGGAUCACUUAGUUUGUUUUCGAGUCAUAAAUAUUGCAGUGAAAAUUUUAAUUCGUGAAUCAAGGAAUUAUUGAUUAUUUUUUUUCCCCCGAUUGUAACAUUUCCCCAUUGAAGCUGAUUUCGAGAUACGGAAUGGAAGAAUUCCCUGAGGCGUUUCAUUGCUCAUGCUUUUCUUCAAGAAAAGAAAAGCACUGUAGUUGAUCCAUUUAUCUUCUAGUCUGUUUUCCUUGUUAGAGAGCCUAUCCCAGAAAUCUAUGCCUCAUCCCUUUGUUUUACCAACAUAUUUCUUUCUUAGAGAUAAGAAAUGGGCAAUGAUAAGAUGGGUCAUGUAAAUUUAGGGAACUUUAUGGUCCAUUUGGUUAAUCAUUUGCCUACAUUAACAUCUCUUUGUUAGUCGUACGUGUAAUCUAUAUGUUCAGCACCAAAUUGCUAAAGGCCAUCCUCACUCAUAGAAAUAGUCAAUAAGCAUGCAAUAUUAUUGCAGAUUUUAUUUGGGGGAAAAAAAGUUUGUUUUCAGUGACAUUUGAAUAUAUUGUUAAUGUAAAUUAUGUUUUUGCAAUAUUUUUGCUGAUAUGGUCCACUUUCAUGAGAUUGAUACUUAACUCUUAAAUGAAUCACUUGUGGAUUCAACUGCAGUUACACUACACGUGAACUACUUUCUGUAGAAUAUAUUAACCGUACAUGUUUCUGGUCAAGUAUCGUGAAGCUUUUAAGUUAAAUUUAGUCAUAUUGCACUGUGUAAGCGAAAGGAGCACAAACUGAAGCAGCAACGCAAGUAACAAUGCUGGCAACCAGCAAAACCUGAUAUCAGGCAUCCGAGAUGGACCAUUGGGUUCAUCAGUACAUCGGUAACUCAUCUUAUUUCCGAGCUCUGUGGGCGCAACUGGGAUUUCAGCUGAAGGGUGUGACUUGUUACACUGAACUGCAGACUAGGCUACCUAUUUGGUUGCUUUCAGAUAAGUUUCUCAAAGGCUUAUAUUUUCAUGGUUCAUGUGUCUCCUGCAUCCUGUAUAUUUUCAAUUAGUUUUGUUUUCUGCUGAAAUCCUGAGUUUGACUAUACUUGAAAUGUCAUAAUUUUCGAACAUUGUCCAAUUUAAAAUGUUUUCAGUAAGUAGUAUAUAGCGUUUGUUUUUAAAUAUCCCGGUUAAUAUCACUUAAUGAGCAAUAACUCACUUCUCUGCAGGUAUUUUACCUGUAUGUCCAGUUGUUUUACUUGUAGCGACAAUUCAAGACUUCAGUGAUCAAUCACAAUUAAUGAGUAACAGUGGAAUGUACACAUACAAUGCAUCUUUGUUAAAAGGAAUAUGACAUUCGAUCUUACAGCUUUGUUGGAAAACAUACGGAAAAACUACCUUUUGUUGUCUGCAUUUAUUAAACAGUUCAGUUCCCUGCA